UAGGUUGAUUAGGGGCUGCGGCGCUGCGCUGAGCGGGAUUGAGGAGCGAGCAGCGCGUUUAAAAUACCGCCCUGGGAAGAGUCGCGUUUACGAGGACGCCGCGUAGUUUGGCGAUUUUCGGCCCGCUUCCCUCCCUCCGCGCCCCCCGCCUGAUCUGGUCCGGGUCCAGAAUGAGUGGCUGGAGAGCAACGCAGCACCGGUUCCCCCGAGCAAGUGGACAUUUGGGCUUUUAACUCGGCUCGGGUGAUUUUAUUCAGUCCGGCUGCGUCUCACAAGGAACAGCAGCUCCGGUAGUAAUAUUAUCAGCAGCGGUGGGUCAGGCUCCUCCCCCUCCUGUCUGACGCCUGUAGCCGGGUGCAGGUUGCCUCGAGGCCGGUGCCGGUGCCGGUGCUGGUCCGUCCGGACUAAGAUGGGUCUCCCCGCCCUGGAGUUCAGCGACUGCUACCUGGACAGCCCGCACUUCAGGGAGCGGCUCAAGUCGCACGAGCUGGAGCUGGACAAGACCAACAAGUUCAUCAAGGAGCUGAUCAAAGACGGCAAGGCGCUGAUCCAGGCGCUGAAAAGUCUGUCGACGGCCGAGAGGAAGUUCGCUGACUCUCUCAAUGACUUCAAAUUCCAGUGCAUCGGCGACGCCGAGACUGAUGAUGAGAUAUGCAUAGCCAAGUCUCUCCAAGAGUUUGCAGCAGUGCUGCAGAACCUGGAGGACGAGAGGACGCGGAUGAUCGAGAACGCCAAUGACGUUCUGAUUCUGCCUCUCGAGCGCUUCAGGAAGGAGCAGAUCAGUGCCGCUAAGGAAGCAAAGAAAAAGUAUGACAAGGAGACUGAGAAGUAUUGUGCCGUUCUUGAGAAGCACCUCAGCCUUUCAGCCAAGAAGAAGGAGUCACAUCUGCAGGAUGCAGACAACCAGGUGGAUAAUGUACGACAGCAUUUCUAUGAAGUAUCCCUGGAAUACGUCUUCAAGGUGCAGGAGGUCCAAGAAAGGAAGAUGUUUGACUUUGUGGAGCCUCUGCUGGCGUUUCUCCAGGGCCUUUUCACCUACUAUCACCAUGGCUAUGAGCUGGCAAAGGACUUUAACCACUUUAAGACUGAUCUCACCAUCAGCAUACAGAACACGAGGAACCGCUUUGAGAGCACGCGGUCGGAGGUGGAGAGUCUGAUGAGGAAGAUGAAAGAGAAUCCACACGAGCACAAGAGCGUCAGCCACCACACCAUGGAGGGAUACCUGUUUGUACAGGAGAAGCGAUCAUUUGUAUCAAGCUGGGUGAAGUACUACUGUACGUACCAUCGUGACCCCAAAAGGGUCACCAUGGUACCGUUUGACCCUAAAUCAGGAGGAAAAGUGGGGGAGGAGGAGAGCUUUACUCUCAAGUCAUGCACAAGGAGGAAGACUGACUCGAUAGAAAAACGAUUCUGCUUUGAUGUGGAAGCUGUGGACAGGUCGGGCGUCAUCACCAUGCAGGCACUGUCUGAAGAGGACCGCAGGUUGUGGAUGGAGGCUAUGGAUGGGAGAGAACCGGUCUACAAUUUGAACAAAGACAACCAGGCAGAAGGAAUGGCCCAGCUGGACGUGACUGGGUUCAAUGUGAUGAAAAAAUUCAUCUAUGCAGUGGACACUCGAGGCAUCGAUGAACAAGGCCUGUACAGGAUCGUCGGCGUGAACUCGAGGGUGCAGAAGCUGCUGAACCUGGCUAUGGAUCCGAAGACGUGUGCCGACGUGGAGCUGGAUAAUCCAGAGUGGGAGAUUAAGACCAUCACAAGUUCCAUCAAGCACUAUCUUAGAAUGUUGCCUGCUCCUCUCAUGACAUACCAGUACCAGAGGAGCUUCAUUAAGGCUGCUAAAAUGGACAACCCGGAGGUCCGGGCGAUGGAGAUACACGCUCUGGUCCAUCGGCUGCCUGAGAAGAACAGACAGAUGCUGGAGCUGCUGAUCAAACACUUGGCCAACGUGGCAAGUCACCAUCAGCAGAACCUGAUGACCGUCGCCAACCUGGGCGUGGUGUUUGGGCCGACUCUGCUCCGUCCGCAGGAGGAGACGGUCGCCGCCAUCAUGGACAUCAAAUUCCAGAACAUUGUGGUGGAGAUUCUCAUCGAGCACCACGACAAGAUAUUCAGGGAAACGCCAAGUUCUGCGGGCAGUUUGACCAGUUUGCAGCCAAAUCUGUCCAGGAGGAAAAGCUACGAGGGCAAACCCCCGUCCUGCAGCGAGAGGCCUCUCACUCUCUUCCACACGCCAACACAUCUCCAGAAAGGUAACAAGAGGCACAGCGUCGUGGCGGUGGGUGAGCUGCAGCAGCCCGUCUCCUCCUCGGCCAACUGCUGCAGCAGCAGCAGCAGCAGCAGCAGCAGCAGCAGCAGCAGCCAAGGCCGGACCCCCAGGCACAGCUUGACGAGUAACGACGGGGAGCUGGACACGCGGCACGUCCGGCCCAGCUCGCUACUGAACCCAAAGAGCCGCGGCAGCAUACCAACCAUCGCGACGUCCCCCAGCCCCACGUCGCCGCACUCCCCGUCCUGGCCCAUGUUCUCCGCCCCAUCCAGUCCUCAGCCCACGUCCUCGGCCUCCAGCGACUCGUCCCCUGUCAGUGUUGCAGGCAGGAAGGCUCAGGCUCUGUACGCGUGCAAGGCUGAGCACGACUCCGAGCUGUCCUUCAUCGCCGGGACCGUCUUCGAAAACGUUCAUGCCUCCAGGGAGCCGGGUUGGCUGGAAGGGACGCUAGACGGUCGAACGGGACUGAUACCAGAAAACUAUGUGGAGUUUUUAUGAAGCAGGCCUGCAGGAAGCCCCGUUUGGAUGCCAGCUCACCAAAGUAGAGCGGAGGAGAUUAGAUCUGACUGCACAAAGCUCUGGGAGCGUUUACUGGACCGGCCUGUUGUUGAGGCAGAUGUUGUCUUGAGCAGACUGUGAUUUAAAACUGGACCAAGCAGAACAAAUGGUUGUGAAAGUGAGCAGCGAACGGGACAGAAACUUAAUUGCACUGGAAUAACGGGAGGAAAUGAGAGGAGGAGUCCCACUGUGGUUGUGGCUGUUGAGGCAUUGGUGUCGCUGGCUUCCUCAUUCCUGGGAAAAAGUUGCAGUAAUGAUGCUGUGUGUGAAGGAAGUGUCUGGAGGGUUCCACCUGUCCAAAUGAUUUGAUAUUUCUGAGCUGUGAGCCUUGUGAUUUUUUUUUUUUU